GGAGCGUUUUGGGGGGAGCAGGAGGAACGGGGGGGGGGGUUUUGGCACGGCAAUGGAGCUUGGCUCCCCAUGGGGCCGGCCGGCUGCUGCAGGGCCGUGGUGGGGCUGUCUGGAUGUGAGGAGGCCCCUGGUUGCACUGAGACCCCCCCGUCCCCUCCCCAGCGUCGGGGCUGCAGUGUGUUGCACAGUGCUGGGGGCUGCAGGUGCCAUCGGGGUGGGCUCGGCUCUUUGGGGGAUGCUCUGCAGAACACUCCUGAAAGGUCAGGGUGGCGCUGCGGGCUCUGUCCCUUGGGGUGCAGCCCCCGUGUGAGAACAGGGUGCUGUGCAGCGUGGUGUGCUCCGCGUUUGGCCCUUCCUUGUCGAGGUUGCUGUUGGUGCUGCUGCACCUGGGGUCAGUGGGACGCUGCCCUGCACCGUGCCUGGUGCAGCACGUGGGUUGCAGGGCAGGCAUUGCACCCCUGUUGCACUCCCCUACUGGGGACCCCAUCCCUCGGGGGUCUUUGCAUGCAGAAUGGACCUGGGGACAUUAGCCCAGCUGCAGGGCUGCAUCCCAAAUGUUCCCCCAUAGCGGUUAUAGCCCUUCUGUGCAUGGCAACUUACUUGUGUGCAGGGCUCUGCUCCUGCUGCUCAUCCCGAGGCAUUGCACGAGGACCCCGCUGUGCUCGUGCAUCACACCUGGUGCGCAGCCACGCACGCCAGCAUUGCCCUCACUCUGCAAAAGGUUCACCCUUUGAAAAACACCAGAGCAGGGAAACAACCGGGAUGCUGCUGGGUGCCGGCCGUGAGUUUCUGAUGCCAUGCGCAGCGGUGCUGGGGGGCAGCUCAGCAUCACAGAGCGGUGCAGCUGGACCUCACCGCCUGUUUUGGGGCUGCAUGGCCGGGACGAGGGCUGGAGGUGCCGAUGAGCAAAGCAAGCAGCGCCGCGUGGGUGGGAAGGGGCGAGCUGAGCUGAGUCCGUUUUGCUCUCUGCUUUGCUUUUUUUUCUUUUCUUUUCUUUUUUUUUUUUUUCCCUUUUUUAUUUUUUUUUUUUUAUUUCCCUCUCUGUGGGUUGAGCGUUGGGGCGACAGACAGGGAAAGUCUGAGCAAUGGUCUCUGCGCUGGUGCUGUCUUCAAUCACCGCGUCCCAGAAUCCCUCGCUCUGGGCCUUCUAGGCACAAGGGCUUACAGCGAAAAUCGGCAGCUGCAGCUGCGAGUGAAAGCACAAGAGCCCGGCUGGGUCUUUGGCAUCGGCAGGAGAGCAAAAAGCUGGGGGAGGCGGGGAAGGAGCGGGGGGAGAGCAAUGUGCCCUGUGUUUUUUUUCCAGCUCUGCCACCGAGGGGUUGUGUUUCAGAGCGACGGUUCCUGGGCACGGGAGGGGGGUGCGCGGCGAUGCCUCCGGGGAGCUCAUUAAAUCCGCUGCCCCCCCCCCCCCCCCCCCCUUGCGCUGUGCCUCACCGGCCGAGGAUGUGGCAGGGAGAGACGUGCCGGGCGGAACAGCACCGUGAACCCGCUGCCCGGUGGGGACAGUUACUGGCCCGGGCAGGAACGCUGCCCUGGGGGCUCACCUGUUGGAGCACGUAGGGCGGGUGUGUGCCAGCAGGGCCGUGACAAAGGCAGGCUGUGUGCCGAGGAUUCCCUUUGCAGUGGGGUGAAGCCUACAGGGACACCGGAGUGACUUGAGGGUUUGAGGGGAGCCGUGGGGCAGCAGGAGGGGUCGGCGUACGGGGCUGGAGUGUAGAUCACAGGGAGCGAGGUGUAUGGCAGCGGGGACACAGCGCUGUGGUGGAGAGCAUGGAGACCCCCGCUCCCACCCAAAGCCACCCCGCGCAGGCGUGAGGGCUGCGGCAGCCUCGCGAGGCAGGAAGCCGAAAUGUGGUAUUGAUCCUCGCGGAGGGAGAGCUGAGUGGUUCUGGCAUCCGCCAGCCCCAACCUCUGCCCUUCCCGCGGCUCAACGAGCUCCAGGCCAGCAGCAGCAUCCCUUCCCUGCGCCGCCACCCCCGGGGCCCCGAGCCCUGCGCACGCUCCUCGCCUCCUGCUGACUUCAGCGCAUCGGCUUGGGCUCGGCGCCUGUAAAUUCCUCGCAAAACCUGGGCCUAAAAUAUCUGGAGGAGGAGGACGGAGCGCCUUGGGCGAGGGAGAUGAGAUCUUCAGCUGCGGGAGAGAGGGAGGCAGCUCCGGGCUCCUCCAGCUGCCGGCCCCCGGGAAUUCGCCGGGAAUAAAUCUCACCCGGCCAACUCGGUGGUUGGAGUUGGGAUGAGGAGCCGGGGGCACCCGGGGUGGUGGCAUGGGAGCGAGCUGAGGAAGGACAAUGAUGAAAUAAUAAAUGCCGAGAGGGAGGUGCCAGGCGGGAGCCGUGUGAGAACCAGUUUGCGAGGUCCAGAUUGGCAGCAGAUCCUGAACCAGGAGGAGCCGAGCAUCCAUACGGCCCCUGCCGAGAUCAGACGAGACGACAGCGGCUUGGUUUGGGGGAAGAAAUUGGAGGCGGGGGAAGCUUUUUUGCUGAAAUGAAAUUUGAACCCCGAAGUGGGAGGGAAGUGGAGGUGGGGGGCACGGCUCUCUCCACAUGGUUAUUACUGCUGUUUUCCACCCAGCUGAAAGGAGAAUGUAGCUUAAUAUGGACCCGUGGGGAGGAGAAGCGAUCAGGAGCUGGGAUUUGUCAGGAGGGAGCUGGGAAGCAGUGAGCGGAGUGUAGAGGUGAGAGCGGCCAGCGGCGUGCCCUGAGGUGAUGGCUGCUGCCUGGCUGUGGGUGCGGGGCUGACACAGGGCACCAUUGUUGUCAUGGGCCAACUGUGCCCCUCCCAGAGCUGUUGCCCUCAGCACAGAGCUUGGGGAGUUGGUGGGGAGGGAAGGGGGUACUUGUGGGAUAGUUGUUGUGGUGUCAGGGCCUGGUCAGGGUGUUUGGGGCCUGGUCGGGGCCCAGUUGAGGCUUUCAAGGCCUGGUUGAGGUGUGUUCAAGGCCUGGUCAAGGCCUGUCAGGGUCUGGUUGUGGCAUUUGGGGCCUGGUUGAGGCGUGGUCAAUGUCUGGUCAAGGCCUGGUUAGAACCUGGUUGAAGCCUAGUUGAGGUGUGCUCAAGGCCUUGUUGAGGCCUGGAUGAGGCCUAGUUGAGGCCUAGUUGAGGCCUGGCCAGGGCAGUGGGUGAGUGCUGGGAGGUAAUAGCAAGUGAAGCUGGAUGAGGAAAGGGGUGAGUGAAAGGGAUGGCAGCAGGGUGAGCUGACCUGUCUGUGUAGCCCCUCUUGCCUGUUAGUUUCCCCAGCACGCUGCUGUCCCAUGUCACCUCAGCCAGCCCCGCCAUUGCUGCCCUUAUUGCAUUGCAGUGGUCACACAGAGCUGCUGGCUGCUGGCAUCAGUCCCUGUGUUGCUGCGGCUGCUGGCUGUACCCCAGGCCAUGGCAGUGCUUGGGGAUGGCCCAGGGUGCUUCAAGUGCUGGGACUGGAAGAUGAGGAGGAGGAGGAAAAUGAGGAGGUGUGCGGUGGGGGGCUGUGGCCGUGAUGGGCAGUCCUUGGGCUUGACUGAGUCCUUGCAAGCCCCUUGGUGAGGAGCAACCCAGGCCAUGUGGUCCCCCUGGGCCCAGCUGGGAAGGAGAGAACACCCUCCAGCCCUGCAGCCCUGGCAUUUGCUCCCCAUCCCCCAUGUUCCCACCUCAGCUCCUCUCUGAUGCUUCAAACGCAGAGAUGCCCUAAAGGCAGCAGAAGCACCUUAGCAAGUGCACACUAAAUAUUUGAACACGCAUGGGUGGGUUUGGGUUUGCUGCUGCUCUUGCCCUUCCCCAGCCGUGACCGUGUUGCUGGGAGUGGUGUGUGCUCCUCUGGAGCCUACGGAUUUGGGGUACCCAAAUGUCUCCUGCUUCAAGGCAGGAUGUGAUAUUUGCUUGGCAGCUCUCGCUCUGAAUUAUUACAUCUGCUCCAACAAAACCAGCAUGGUACUGCUGUGCCACCAUGAUUGCCUUUGCAACCACUGUGAGCCACGCUGAUGCCGCCCACCUCCCCAGAAUCACAGCCAGACCCCCGUUCUUCGUCCCCACACCCUCCUCUUCCUCCCUGCAGCAGCAAAGCACCCUGCAGCCAGGCCCAGAGCCCAUCGGGAAGGGGGAAAGCUGUGCUCCCCUCCCCUCCCCGGCAUUCCUCGGGAGUGAAACACAAGAGCUGGCAGGGCACUCGCGCUUUCUCUGGCCUCCGCUCCUCCAAUUCCUGAACAAAGCCUCCUGCCUCUCCCGGGAGCUUGAAACAGGAGAGGUGGUUGCUGCUGGACAGGAAAGGCGAGCUGUCCCCUUCUGUUCUGUGCCAGGAGGCAGGAGGUGGGACGUGGGUGGAUGGUGGUGGGCACGAUCCUUGCAGUCCCUGUGCCACCCUGCAGCAUCACCCCAAUGCUCCACCAAGCAGCAAAGCCCCUCUGUUUCAGAGGCCUCCUCCAAAAUGCACCACUGGGUGAUGGUUGGAGGUCUGGCCCGAAGGACUGGCCAAAGGGUUUCCCAUUCCCUCCAUCCCACUGCAGGAUGCACGUCAUAUUGCUAUGGAAACCGAGUCCUGGAGGGGUCCAGAAUGAACCACUUCAGCCCCACAGAGGAGUUAUUUUUCCCCACUCCAGUCCCGGCUUGGUCCAGGCUCCCAGUUACUGUGCUGGUAAUAUGGGUUGGAGCAUCCAUGCCAGCUUCACUCCCAUGAGCCAGGAUGAUGGAUCCUGCAGUUGGGUCCCCAUCCACCUUCCCAAAAAUCUGACCCCUUCCUACAGAACAAAGCUCUCCCUCCCCACCGCCCCCGGUGAAACAGGCCCCUGUCGGAGCGCAGUCCCCGACAGCGAAGGUUAUUUUAAUGGAUGCAUUACUUUAAACGAACCCUCCACCAUCUGUUCCACCCCCUAAUUACGCAUGCAAAAAAAGCCCAUCUCACAGCCAGCGCAGGAGAAAGUAAAGAUAUAAGUGAUUUAAAUGCAUGUAUCCCCAGCUCCGCUAGCAGCUGGGAUGGGCUGCGCUCCCCUCCUUCCUCCUGGCUGCCAGGCAAAUGGUGCAAGUUGCAGGGAAGGAGGCAGAGGGAUGGGUCUCCUGGGUUUGGUGGCAGUCGCUGCAGAUGAGGAGGAGGAGGAGGAAGGGGAGGAGGAUGGCGGCUCUGAUGCUGACAGAGGCAGGGGUGGGAGUUUGGCAGCAGACUCCCCCCCACCAACCCCUACAGGUUGACUGAACCCCUGUGGUGGUGGAGGCUGAGCCUUCAAAGCUUGAGGACACGUGGCUGUCGCGGAGCGUGGCGGGGAACUGGGGGGGACGCUGCAGCCUGGUUGUGUUCAAGGAUGUUUCGUGUGAGCGCAGGGUCCUGCAGCGUAUGGUUGGGCUGCGCAUAGUCCCCAUGCGUGAUGUUGAGGUCUUUGUCCCAUGAGAGCCUCAGCUGGGGACACAAGGUUGACAGUGGGAUAGCUCCAGUGUGACAGCGGGGCCAAGUCCCAGCUCCGUGCCCUAUGGUGGGGCUCAUCCUCACAGCCCCUGGGUUCUGCCCGUGCAUGGAGGGGAUGCUGGGGAGCACCAGGGAUGCAGCAGGGGUGGCUGGGGUGUGCUCAGCACCUCCACGGUGUGUUUUCCCACCGCAGCUGCAUUGCAUGAGCUGUCCCAACAUCCGUGGCCCUGGAUUGCCCCCAGGCGAUGCUCAGAUCCCGCAUUCCAUUCUUCAGGGCUGCAGGGAAGCAGAGGAUGAGUGAAAAGGGGUGGUGAAGAAGCCUCUUCCAUCAAAGCAGAACCACAAAUAUUUGGAAAAAAAAAAUAAAUUUAGGUCAACCUCCCGGUGAUGGGGUCCAGGCACUGUGUCAAAGGUGACAGCAAUCAGGGCCACGGUGCAGAGCCCAUGGCUAUGCGGAGCGUAACUCAGUUUCCCUCAUUCCCAAUGCAAACCUUCUCUGGUGAUGGGUGGCCGGUGUGGCUUUGGGUGGCCCCGAGGGGCGUCCUUGGGGACAGGGACGCAGCCACAGAGCAGUGCCAGCACAUCCUGGGUGCCGUCUCCCCUCUCCCUCCAUCUCCCUCGCUCUGUGUCUGACUGCAGCAGAUGCGCCAGCUCUGCAGGAAGAGGGAAUUAAGUUGGGCUGGAGGAAUUUUAAAGAUUGCUGCAGGCCUGAGGGUCUUAGAUACCCCUGUGGAGAUGGGCAGUCAUGCAGAAUUAAUCCUAUCGGCAGCCUGGCUCGCCUUCAGCCGGUGCAGAUCUCCAGGAGAGCGCGAGGGAGCGCGGGGGGCGAUGCUGGGGGCAGCUGGGCGAGCACCGGCGCCUCUCGGCGUCGAUGGGAAAUUAAUAAUGAAAAAUUAAAGCCCGAACUCAGCCUUCCCGCAGCCCAGAGGUGGGACUGGAAGGGGGGAGGAGGAGGCAGGCGAAUUCUGCUAGGCUUACUGAAAACCUGUUUGCAGUAGCAGACGGAGCUCGAUGGCACGAGCAGGAGGCUGGGGGUCGCAUCCUGCUCUGGGGGGGCUGCGUGGGGCUACGCAGGGCUGGCUGGGCACGGGGUGGGGGCACCCCUUGGCUGGACCCAGAGCUGCGUGCAGUGGGUUCGCCCGACAGCUCGGGGUGCUGCAGUAAUAACGUGGGGGAUGUGGGGACGCGCUGGAUGUCCCCACGUGCCGCAGCAGCCACGUGCUGCGCAUGAAGGUGGCAUCUGGUCACCCCGUGGCUCUGCCAGCCCCACAGGCACUGUCAUCCCCGUUGUCCCUGCUGGUCACCGGGGCCGCAGUGCCACCAGGCCGCCGUGCUCGAUGGCUCCGUGACGCCAGGCAGGGUGGCAGCUGCUGCUGAGCCCUCUGCUCCCGUGUUUUAUAAAUAAUGCACCGCAGAGGCGUGUUGGCAGCGCUGCACACACGCCUGCAGCCGAGCAGCCCGCAGCGCCGGGCAUUUUGGGUGCUGUCACCACGGCUGGGUGACACCAGGCCACCGCACCCAGCAGGGAGAAGGUGACCCCCAACGUCCCCUCACCCCCUCGCCCCCCCCGGCCCCAUAUGGCACGGUGGGGUGGUGGCUGUGAUGGGGGUCCGUGGUGACCCCACGUGCCAUUCCUGCGCCUCGUGGCGGUGGCGCCGAUGGCGGCGCGCAGCUUGCAUGGUUGCCAUGGUGAUGUGCUGGCGCUAACGAAGCCGAGUAAACAUUAACGAGGGAGCCCUGUGCAGGUCGGGGCUGGGGGCUGCGUGAGCGGGGUUGGGGCUCGGUGCCACCCCAGUGCUGUGUCCUUUGGUCCCUGAGCUGCCCUCCCCCUGCGCUGCAUGGUGCUUUAAGGUCCCCGAGGGUGGGACAUCUGUGUUCUGUCCCAGUCUGGGGACACCCGCUGCAUGGACCGGACCCCAGGAUCCCACACAGGGGGCGGACAUCACCGUGCUGUCGUCAGUGUCUCUGCAGCACAGCACCCAUGGGUGCGGGGUGACGCUUUGGCAGUUGCGUGUCCCCAGGAGCCGCCCGGUGCUGGCAGUGAGCUCAGGGCGUUCCUCAGCAGCUGCCACCGCUGCAGUUGUCACUGUGACUCAACUCCCGCGUCCCUCCCUUUCUGCUCGGCCACGGGGAACCCACAGUGCAGCUCAGAUAGGGGACGGCCCCCGCGUCGUGGCCCCGUGAUGCCGCAGCCGAGGGCCCUGUGCCGGUGCUGCAGCUCAUUAGAAGGAGGUGCAGGUGCCCCGGGUACCUCGGUCCUCCCAGAGGGCUCUUAAUGAGCGGCCGCUAACGAGCGCCUGCGCUCCCCGCUCUCCUCCUCAGCCGUGGGAAGAGGCUGAUUGGUGAGCAGGCACUGGGGAGCUGUGCGCAGGCUCUUUUGGGGGCUCUGUGGGGCUGAACGACCCAACCCGCUGCUCCUUCCCUAUGCGCAUUGGCACUGUGCACGAGGGCCCCGUGGUCCCCGUCCCUUCUGCUGGGUUUGAGCACAGUGCUGUAGGACUUUUACCCUGGGAGGUGUUGCACCCCUUCCAAGUGCCACCCUCCUGCCUAGGGAUGGGGCUGUUGCCAUCUCCCAAGUGUGCCAUUGUGGCAGUUCCACCUCUCUCCUUGCUCAGCGGGCCGUUGCAUUGCGAGAACUUGGUCCCCGUGCCUCAGUUUCCCUCCCCAGGCCCUGGGGGCAGGCGCUGGGGCUGGAUGUGGACGCGGGGACAUCAGGAGCCCUGUUUUUACGUAUUGUACGAACCUCCAUGAGCCUGCCUGUUUCUGGAGGCCUGGAGGGUUGGGGAGCUGCGCCUCUCCUGCUGAUGCCCCAAAAAUUCCCCCCCGGCGUUGGCAUUGGUGCAGUGAUGGGGGCAGAUCAGCGAGUGCCGCAGGGGGCUGCAUUGCCAAGGGGGGGCCCUGAGGCUGUAAGAGAGCAUCUCUUCCCCCCACUCCUCCCCCCCCACAGCUGCUCUAAUCUCCUGCCAAACCUGCUCUUCCUGCAGGGCCGUUAGUGGGGCUGCGGGUCCCAGCUGCUUUGGGGGCUGUGGGGAGUUCAGCCCAUCCCGUCCAGGCCCAUCGCCCCACUGGGGCUGGGUCCCCCACCUCCCCACCGAAGGGAGCCCUAAUCCUGCAUGACACGGCGCCCGGCCCCGCAGUGGCUAAUUGCAGCAUCCCCAGCUGAGGAUUACGGUUUAAAGCGGGGAAGGAGCAGCGGGAGCAGAUGAGCUCCUGAGCAACAAAGCUCCCGUUUUCCUGCAAGCCACUUUUAUUAGGGGCGUAAUUAAAAGCCGACAGGAGGGAAAAAUUAUGGGGAGGGCCAGGGUGAUGGAAGGGGCCACCCAAUCCCCCUAUAGCCCUGGGGGCUGCCUGCCCGUAGGAUCCGGAAGUGCACUGGGGAGGUGGGUGCGCGGUGCCCGGUGCUGCCCCGCUCACAUCCCAAAGGCCAGGCCAGGACUGGGCGCCCGUCCCGCUCCCACCGCAGCGUUCCUCCCCGCCUCACCGUGCUGGCAGGGCAGGAGGCAGCGAGGUGCCGGGCUGGUGGAGGAAACCCAAACUCAACUCCCUAUGAAAGGGGCUUUGUGUGCCCAGGAAGGAGCAGCCCUCCUCCUCCUCCUCUUCCUCCUUCUCCUCCUCUCCACGUUGCAGGAGCGUGGGUGAACCUUCGGCAUUGCCGAGUUGGGAUUUCAGAGGGGGUGGUGGGAGCUGCCCCUGUGCUGCCCGCUGCUGGCACCCCCACCCCGUGGGCAGGGGACACCCUGGGUGCUGCAGGGAAACUGAGACACCGAGCAGCCAAGCUGUCCUGCGGCCUCCUCCUCUGCUCAGCUUCCCAAAAGGGCUUUUAUCCAUUGCUAGUAAGUGUGGCAACAAGAGGGGGAAAAUGCAGUGCGUGACUCAGCCUCCAGGGCCGUGUGGCCUUGCCAAGGCAUCAUGGCACCAGUGUCCCAGCUGGUGCCGACCCAGUGGGGUCCCCGUGGCUGGGGCUGGCUGCUCUGAUGCUGUCAAAGGUGAGAGACGCAGGGACGUUGUCCCACAUCCUCGCCCUGCCACCAGCCUUGCCCUCAGCCCUGCACCACCUCUUGCCUCAGUUUCCCUUCCCAUUUACGCACGCUGCAGGUCCAGCCCAGCGGACCCACACUGCCAACCCCAGCAGCGCCCCAGGAGGGGACGCAGCACUGCUGGGUGCUUUACGUGCCCCACAGGAACUCGCACACACCUGUGGUUCCCAGCAGGGCAGCGGGGUCCCCCAGUGAGUGCCCGGCCCUGGCUCCCGCGCCCUGGCUCCGGCAGGGGGCUUGUUCUCUGCCUGGACAGGAAGACGAAUGAAUUCCAUUAUGGGAUCGCGAUUUUAUUCCACGUGUCAGGGAGCCUGAGAUUAACUUGCUCACCAGGCUGUGACAAACCCAGACAUCCGCGUGCACGCGCUCGGGCGCUGGGGCUCUGCAUGCUGGCGGGCACGGAGCUGCCUGAGACCCCACCACACCUCCUGCAAACCCAGAGGGCAGCAGGGCUGCGCCCGUCCUCCCUC